AUGUUCGACGCGAAACAGUUCAGACGAAAAGGCGAGAAGAGGAAAGAGGGCGUGGUGAUUCCCCAGAGCAUCUACAAUUACAGGCUGUACCGCUGCGCGAUCUUCGCGUCGUGGGCCGCUGUUCUCUGUGGAUAUGACUCAGGAUUUAUCAGCGGGACUAUUGUCUUGGACUCGUUCCAGGAGGAGUUCGGCUUCGAGUCGAUGUCCCAGUCCACAGUGACAACCGUCAAGGCCAACAUCAUCUCCCUGUUCCAUGUCGGCGCCUUUUUUGGGUCUCUGCUCAUAUAUCCCGUGAACUUCUACCGAGGACGAAAAAUCGGUCUUAUUAUCGCCUCGAUCCUAAUCAUCAUGGGAUCUGCCAUCCAGCUGGGCGCGAACGGCACAACGGGGCUUGCGCCGCUGUACGCCGGACGAACCAUCCUGGGCGUCGGCAUAGGAGGCAUCAGCAACAUUGCUCCAAUGUACACUGCGGAGAUCGCACCGCCGAGCAUCAGAGGCCGUCUCGUUGGACUCUAUGAGCUUUCGUGGCAGGUAGGUGGUAUUGCGGGAUACUUCAUCAACUACGGAACAAAUAAGCAUCUGCACGGUGACCAAAAAUGGCGGGUUCCUAUUGCCGUGCAAUUGAUUCCUGCAGGAAUAUUUAUGAUUGGACUGGCCUUCAUCGUGGAGACUCCUAGAUGGUACUUCCAAAAACACAAGAUAGAAAAGGGGAUUGAAGCGUUGUCAUAUCUCCGGAAACUGCCACCGAACGAUGAAUACCUCAAGUACGAGACGGGCAAUCUGCUCGCCGAGGCACAGGAGGCAGAAAAAAAGGUUGGAGACGGUCUUCUCGCACCGAUAAAAACAAUGUUCACAAACAAAAACCUCAGGUUCAGACUGCUGCUUUCCACAAGCACGUUCAUACUGCAGAACACGUCCGGUAUCAACGCGGUGAAUUACUACAGCCCUACGCUGUUCAGUGCUAUAGGUGCCAGCAGCACCUCGUCGGCGCUGCUGUCGACCGGUCUCUUUGGCGUGCUGAAAGGUGUGGCGACGACGUUCUGGGCUUUCUUCCUGAUCGACCCGCUCGGCCGUCGACAGUCGAUGUUCAUCGGCUGUCCGAUCUGCAUUUUCUGUCUCUUCUUCAUCGGAGCUUACAUCAAGAUCGCAGAUCCGACCUCUCAUGCAGGCAUGGACGCCGGCGGAAAGGCCACGAUGGCCAUGUUCUACAUCUGGUGUAUUGCGUACUCGAUCUCGGUGUCUGGAAUCCCGUGGGUGUACUCGUCAGAGCUUUUUGACCAGAGCGUGAGGACUUUUGCUCAGGCGUGUGCGGCCACUUCCAACUGGUUUUGGGCAUUCAUCUUCGCCAGAUUCACAGGGAACAUGGUGAACAGCAUGCACGCAUACGGAGUGUUCUUUUUCUUUGGCUCGGGAGUCGUUGCAACGCUCAUCAUCUUCUACCUUUUCUACCCGGAGACGUCGAACGUUCCUGUCGAAGAUGUCGGACUGCUGUUCACUCCCGGAGUGCCUGCGUGGAGAGCCCGCGAGUACGCCAUGUCUGUGAUCGAGCAACGAAAAAUCGAAGGUGUCGAGGAGUCCGACGUCGAGGUGCUCCCUACCGACAUCACCAAAUCAUCAUCUAUCAGCGCAUAA